AUGAUGGAGAAAGGCGGAAGUUCGGUGGAUGCCGCAAUCGCUACUCUCUUCUGUAACGGGGUAGUCCACCCUGACACCAUGGGCAUAGGCGGCGGAGUGAUUUUCAAUAUCUACGACAGGAAUACACGCAGAGCCACCAUCAUCGACGGGCGUGAGGUAGCCCCCGCCUCUUCUGAGCAUACGCCCAUGGUUUGUAAUUUAUUGGAAACGGGGCCGCUAUCAAUCGCUGUUCCCGGCGAGCUGAGAGCCUAUGAGGAAGCCCACAAGAGAUUCGGAAAACUAUCAUGGAAAGAUCUGGUACAGCCCGCCAUCGAGCUCUGCAGGAAUGGUUUCAAUGUCUCUAAUAAUCUGGCGACAAAGCUCGCAAAGAAUGAGAAAGCGAUCGGCGCUUCGCAAGCCUUGAAGGAACAGUUUUUUCAUCCCACCGAGAAUCGACUCUUCCAUGAGGGGGAAACGAUGUUCUGCGGACCGUUGGCCUUCACCCUCGAGAGCAUCCGUGAAGGGGGGGUGUCUGAAUUCUACGAGGGCUCCGUGGGCAGACAACUCAUUGAAGACAUCCAAAGACAAGGAGGCACGCUAAAACUCGAGGAUCUAUCGAACUACAAAGCUCGAGUGAGAUCGCCAGUCGAGUCGUCGCUCCCUCUGCGAGGGGUAACCCUAUUCGCCCCACCCGCACCAGCCAGUGGAGAAAUACUCUCAUUGAUACUCAGGAUAAUGGACGGCUUCGACCAGUCACCCACGGAUGCUGAAGGCCUAGAAACAGCUUCGCUGAUGAAUCAUCGUCUCGUUGAAGCACUGAAGUUCGCUUCAGCGGCGAAAACUCAUCUCGCUGACGAGGAUUUCCUCAUGAAGAGAGAACUCCUCCGCAAAAUUGCGUCUUCUGAGUUUGCGAACGAGAUCAGAGCCAGAAUCGACAACGUCACACAUUCUCCCGAAUAUUAUUCACCUGCCAGUCCUUUACCCGAAGACUCUGGUACCUCACACGUCAGCGUUUUAUCAUCGGACGGCUUAGCGGUGUCUGUGACGAGCUCAAUCAAUGAGCAGUUUGGCUCCCGGAUCCUCUCUCCGAAAACGGGCAUUCUCCUGAACAAUCACAUGGCUGACUUUUCCGCCAGAGGACUCCCAAACGGCGUGGAGGCGGGGAAGCGUCCCAUGUCUUCCAUGGUACCCGCGAUCGUGGUGAACACGGAGACCCUGCAACCUGUGCUUGUUCUCGGCGGAGCUGGGCAUACAAGAAUCACCAGUGGAGUGGCUCAAGUCGCUUUCCGUCAUCUCUACUUGGGAGCUAGUGUCAAAGAAUCCAUCGACUCUCCGAGACUGCAUCAUCAGUUGAGCCCGAACACGCUUUAUUAUCAGGAAGGAUUUCCUGGAGUUCUACGCCGGGAACUCGCUCUUCGAGGUCACGAGAUCGAGCUGGACCAAGAGCUCUCCGCUUUCUCGGCGAUUUCAGCUGGCGAGGAUGGUCUACACGCCAACGCAGACUACCGCCGAGGAGGCACGAGCGUCGCCGGGGCUUGAGAGCCUGCCUCGAGCAAAACCUCACUCCCGUAGGAACUUCACUCCUCACUAUCGAAUUGCCCUUUUACUGACUGCUCGUUGCCUAGACCCGAGCUUUUAAGAAGGAAAAAUGACAAUAUUUUUCGGGAAAUCAAAAGAAGAUCCAAGAGAUUUCUAUGUUCGAAUGCCCCGAUGCCUCGCGAUGGCGCCAGAGGACGAUGACAUCUCCGUGAAUAAAUUAAAGAUUUCUUAGA